AUGACUAUCGACAAGUCACUCCUCUUCAAAAGCCACAUCUGGAAUGCCGCAGCGGAGGCUGAAAAAAUCGACACUCAGCUGUCUAAGAUAAUGCCCAACGUUGGUGGCCCCCGCGAGGAUAGGCGGAGACUUCUGUCAUCUGUCGUGCAUUCGGUGUUACUGUACGGCGCACCCAGCUGGGGCCAUACCCUUGGCGUCGCCCCCGUAAACGUGAAGUUGCUGAAUAGGACACAGCGCAAGAUCCUCCUGCGAUGUACCAGCGCCUAUUGCACGGUGUUGGAGGUAGCAUCCAAUGUCCUCUCGUCGACUCCACCUUAUAACCUCCUCGCUAGGGAGCGUAAAGCCGAGUUUGACGUAAGACGGACGGGGCAAGAUGGCCUACCUCGUAAUGAGCUGAAGAGGCUGACCGUCGCUAAAUGGCAGGCGAGAUGGGACGAUGUUGGCCCCGAGAGUCCGGGACAAUGGACAAGGAGGCUGAUACCGAACCUUACCAAGUGGUGCGCCAGAGGCUUUGGUAGAGUAGACUUCCACCUAUCCCAAUUCCUCUCCGGGCACGGCUGCUUCGGCAAAUACCUCUGCCUAGAGAAGUCGUCCAUCCCGUGUGUGUUGACUGUCAGGACCCAUUGA